CUUGUGGUUUUAAGGACUUGACUGUUUGGGACGCAGGCCUGUUGGAGUUUACCAAACUGGUAGGGACGCAUGAAAACAGUCCUCGGAUUAUUAUAGUGUGGCGUAAUUUCGAUCUUCAAUGUUUAGCAUCUUAGGUGAGCUGGAGCCUAUCCCAGUUGUCUUUGUGCGAGUGGUGAAGUACUUCCUGUACUGGUCGCCAGCCAAUUGCAGGAUAUUGCAAUUGAAACACUCUGUAUGGCACAUCUGCGAACAUCCGGGGCCAGCUAAAAGCAACCUUUGGACUUGCACUUUCAGUCUACCAUGGGUAGCCACUUCCGAAGCUACAUCUGGGACCCUGUUCUUAUUGUGUUUCAAAUUGUGUUGAUGCAGUGCAUCUACUAUAGCUUUCUCGGCUUGUGGUUGGCAGGAGUGGACAGUCUGGUGCAAACACAUGGCUCACUGGACCAGAUCUUCAGCUAUGAAAUCCUUGGUUUUGCAUCAAUGCAGGGCAGGCUCUCAAUGAUGGCGUUCGUUUUGAACUCUCUCACCUGCGCUCUGGGCUUGUGGUUGUUCAUCCGCCGAGGGAAGCAGUGCUUGGACUUCACCGUUACGGUGCACUUCUUCCAUUUGAUCAGCUGUUGGAUCUAUAAUUCUCACUUUCCCUCCUCGCUGUCCUGGUGGCUCGUCAACUUGGCCUGCAUGGCCUUGAUGGCUGUAAUAGGGGAGUACCUUUGCAUGCGGACUGAACUUAGGGCCAUCCCAGUCAAUUCUGGACCCAAGUCGAACCUUUGAAAUGUUCUCUUGGCACCCGGCAGAAUGAAAAUGGACCGUUUGAGACACCUUAGAAAAACUCUUUUCACGGGAGGAUAAUUGUCCUCUGCUCAAGAGAGAGCAAACAUGGCACAUGCAUUGGACUGAUUAUGGUGGAUCUGCUUCAUAUCAGAUGCACUGGCAUAUUUAUUGACUCUCCAUUAAACUAUGGACACUUUUGUGUGUGCAGCCAUUAAUACACACCCUUGCUGUAAAUGCUUCUCAGAGACUAUUGGCUGCAUCCCCUCUUUGAUGUGAAUGUGAACUGCUUCAUUUCUUGGAUAUUUUUUUUCCUGUAAAUAUAUUUUAAAUAUGUAUUUACCUAGUUUUGGUCAUCUUUCUGCAAAAUGGUUUUGAGCUCAAAGAAAAAAAAUGGCAGUUAGCAGGUUCACAGCUACUUUACUACUACUUUAAUUCAAUUUUUGAACAAAUGCUUUGUUAAAAAAAAGGCAUUGAUUUUGAAUGCAUGAGGACUUUUUUCUGCUUUCAGACUUAAUAUUACUCCCUGUGGUUGACUUCAGGUUGAUCGGGGGGGG